AUGCAAUCUGGUAAGAGUGUGGACCAAGGAAGUGGUAUUGUCUUUGGAAGGAAAUUGGAUAAUAAUGCUCGUACAAAUCAAGUGGGUUUCAAAGAGAAGAAAAAUAAGCUCUUUAAAGCCCAUGAGAAAGUCAAGCCCAAACAACAAUUGAGUUCUAGGCCUACAAAGGGUUUAGUUUUUGGUCCGGUCGGAGGAGAGGUUGAAUUCUCCUCUAAUGGAAAGAGAAUGAGAAUUAAAGAGGGAAAUCUGCAGAGAUCAUUGAGUUGUAUGUUGAAGAGUAAUUCGUCGGAUGAGGAUGGUCAACAUACAAGUCUGGGUAAUCAGACGGUGGUGGAGGCUAGUACAGAGGUUGAAAUGUACAGAGAGCCGACGGAAGGAGGAAGGGGAGAUCAACUGAUCUAA